AUGAAGGACAAGGUCCAUGCAGAAGUGUCUUCGUGGCGUGCCGGGAAAAAAUGUUCAGCGAAAUUGAAAGAGAACCCAGCCAGUCAGCAGUCCAAGGCUAAAGCAGGAACCACCCGAGGAACAUUCGAGGUAGAUCUACCGGAGGCUGAGGCUGGAAAGCUUAUUGUGCGGUUUGAUGAUACUAAUCCUGCUAAAGAAAGCAAUGAGUUUGUCGAUAAUCUUCUCAAAGAUAUUCAGACUUUGGGUAUCAAGUACGAGGAGGUUACCUAUACUUCAGAUCACUUGGAUGAGUUGAUGGAUAUGACCGAGAAGCUGAUUAACCAAGGUAAAGCAUAUGUCGACGAUACACCUAGAGAAGAGAUGCAAAAGCAACGGAUGGAUGGGAUUGAGUCAAAGUGUAGAAACCACAGCAAAGACGAAAAUUUGAAACUGUGGGAGGAGAUGAAAGCAGGUAUAACUCAUGCCCUUCGAUCUAGUGAAUACCAUGAUCGCAACGCCCAGUACUAUAGGAUUCAAGAGGAUAUGGGACUGAGAAAAGUCCAUGUGUAUGAGUUCAGUAGCUUGAACAUGGUCUAUACACUCCACAGCAAGCGGAAGCUUUUGUGGUUUGUUCAAAAUGACAAGGUCAAUGGAUGGGAUGAUCCUCGAUUCCCAACUGUUCAAGGAAUCGUGCGUAGAGGUCUCAAAGUUGAAGCAUUGAUACAGUUCAUUCUUGAGCAGGGGGCUUCAAAGAAUCUGAAUCUUAUGGAAUGGGAUAAACUGUGUACUGUUGUAAAUGAUAAUGACUAUUCGUGCAAUAAGUAUUGCUUAAUGUAUGCGAUUAACAGACUCGUAAUGCAUGCGAUUGACAAACUCGUAAUGCAUGCGAUUGACUAG